AUGGCGACUCAGAUCAGAAGCAAACAGCCCCGCCCACUUUCAAUCAUCACUGAAAGUUCUCUUGACGAUUGCAUCGACAGUGUUUUUCAAACUGAAUCUGCCAACGACGGCAAAGAGUCGUGCGAUUUAGAUAAACACUCUCAGCCUAGACCCCCCAGGAGAAAAUCUGUUGCACCGCUUGAGCAUCCGGUAGAUGCAUUGGAUCAAUGUAAUCGGCAUACAGAAGACUGUAGUCUUCGGGACAAUUCGGUAAACUCCGGCACUGAGUGUACUUCCGAGAAAAGUAUUCAUUGCCAAAAAAACGACAGAACAACAGCUACUUUAGAAUUGUGUAGGUUUCCUGGUGAUACGGUUGUAUCUGUUCAGAAUGUCAGUUCAAUCCAAAAGAAAUUAUUUUCAGCUAAUGAUGCUACAAAAAUGCGUCUCCAAGAUCAGUCUCUCGCUGCACAGUUCUUGAAGAUACGCCACCAGAUGGUAGAGCUGCGAUUGGCUGUGGAGUGUCAGAACUAUAUGGAGCUGCUUGAUGGUGCACAGGAGGACAUUGAAGAGGAGAGGGAACUGUCCCGAAUGGUCGACAUUCCAUCCGAGCUACUGUCUCCCCAUUAUUCACUUUUACACGUUGGCUUGACCAAGAUGAACUUUUCUUCACGAAGAUUCUCAACUUGUUAG